AUAAAGCAUAAAAAAUAUGCGCAGGCAAGACACAGAACUCAAUUUAACUCCGCGAUCCAUUUGGAUGUCGGAUUAUCACAAACUAUUGCAAAAACAAGAGGAAAGCUUUAUGUCAUGGCGAUUGCUUAGCGCUGAUAUGAGAUCUAGGAAUGACCGACAAUCUUUACGUUUAUUGAGGACUGUUCAAGAUUACCGUAAACUGGCGGACUCAAUGGAAAGACAAGGACGCCUUCCCUCGCCUAUACAAAUAGGACACAGGAGCGUAGUGGAGAAAAAGAGAAAGAAAGGUAUGGUAUCGCGAGAGACGUCGUCUAAUCCGAUAAGUUACGGAAUAUCAUUGCCGGAGAUAAAUACUCAGGGUAGUCUGGUACGCGAACCAACCUCGAAAAGAAUGACGCUUAUAGGCCUACGCGAAAGCUUAAAGCGUCACAUAAGUAUACCGGAAACGGAACGUAAAAAGCGGAUAGCUGAUAGGCAACAAGGAACUAUUGAGAAAAAACAAAACAGACGAGAACUUGAAAGAAUGUUUUUGAGUAUUUAA